UGGAGUCUGGCUGCGCGUGCUGCUGACGGUUGUUCGGUUUGAACGGAAAGAAAAACACCGAAGAGUUUCUGAGCUUUGUUCACCGGCCACACACCGACCAACGGAGGCAGCGAUACCGGGAAAAAUCCGGUUCUCUCCGGGGACAGACGAUGUAUCAGUGGGAUCUGUCUCCAUUCUCAGUGAGUCCAGCUGCCAGCCUGCUGUCCAGAUGUGUCUCCAGAGGAGCUCUGUCUCAGGAGGAAUUAGACUCCGCCUCCAUCAGGAGGAGCCCCACCUUCUCUCAUCUGCAUGAGGCUGAGCAGCAAAUCAGAAUGCAGAGGCAGCUGGAUGAGGUGCAGCUGGAGGCGGAGCUGCUGCAGAUCCAGAGGACGAGCGCCGACGUCACACACACAUUUUACCUCACUCACAGGUUCCAGAUGUUGCAGAUGUUUUGUGGUCACCUGCAGGACCUGCUGAACCAUCAGAACAGCCUGAGACAGAGACUGAUGACACCUCUGGGUCGCACUAACCUGUCCGUUGUGGCUCACCUGCACAGGUCUGUGGUGGAGGCUGUGAAGAUGCUGCUGGACUUCAUAGAGACCCUGGAGGAGAAGCUGGACUCGGUCCACAGCUGCAGCUCCACCGGAGAGCGGAUCACCCAGCUGAAUACCUCUCUCGCCCAGCUGCUGGCUCAGGUGGCAGAGGUGCAGAGUUUAUCCAGUCAGGUUCUUCAGUGGAAGGAUGCCUCAGCUCUGCAUGACGACCUCUGACCCCUCACAAUCACCCUCUUCCUUCUGGACUGACAGGAUGUGGUCUUGUUGGACCAACAGAAACCUGUAUGUGGACUCCAUGGUGCCACACAUCGAAGACUUGAUGACUUUUGUUUCUUGUUUUGUGCUGAAAUCAGAUUUUGGUUCAGUGACGUUGAUUCUUAUCAUCAGACAUGUUAAUAAAAACCUCGUCUUUUAAACACCAGG